AUGGAGCGGACCUUGUCGCCGCCAUCGCCAGCUGCAGCGGCGCACCUGACGCUGUCCCUGGCGCCGGCGCCCGGACGCCGCGAGGAGUUGGAGUUGGACGACGAAGUGGCGGCGCCAGCGGCGUACGUCGUCGCCGGGAAGGAGGUGCGGAUGUUCCCUUGCCUCCUCUGCAACAAGAAGUUCCUCAAGUCGCAGGCGCUCGGGGGCCACCAGAAUGCGCACAAGAAGGAGCGCGCCGCCGGCUGCUGGAACCCCUACGUCUACGCCGCCGCCGGCAUCGGGAUCGCCGCCGCCGCCGCUAUGUCCCUCCCCCUGCGUGAGUAA